AUGUCCAGCUACGGUGAUCGCGGCGGUCGCUCUGGCGGCUACGGCGGCGGCGGUGGUGGCCGUGGAGGCUACGGCCGUGAUCGUGAGGAUCGCGGUGACCGCGGCGGCAGCUACGGCGGCGGCUACGGCGGAGGUCGCAGUAACGGAUACUCCAACGGCGGCUCCAACGGCUACAGCGGCGGCGGCUCUGGUGGCUAUGGCGGCGGCGGAGGUGGCUACGGCGGUGGUGGCGGCUACGGCGGCGGCGGCGGUGGUGACCGCAUGUCUGCUCUCGGUGCCGGCCUUCGCAAGCAGGAAUGGGAUAUUGCCACCAUGCCCAAGUUCGAGAAAGAUUUCUACAAGGUCAACAGCGAGGUUGAGAACCGCUCCGAGGCCGAUGUCACUGCUUUCCGCACAAAGCACCAGAUGACUAUCGCUGGUAGCGACGUCCCCAGACCCGUCGAGACCUUUGACGAGGCUGGCUUCCCCCGCUACGUUAUGGAUGAGGUCAAGGCGCAGGGCUUCCCUGCUCCCACUGCCAUUCAGUCCCAGGGCUGGCCUAUGGCUCUUUCCGGUCGCGAUGUCGUCGGUAUUGCCGAGACUGGUUCCGGCAAGACUCUUACUUACUGUCUUCCCGCCAUCGUCCACAUCAACGCCCAACCCCUCCUUGCCCCCGGCGAUGGUCCCAUUGUUCUUGUUCUCGCUCCUACCAGAGAACUUGCUGUUCAGAUUCAGCAGGAAAUCACCAAGUUCGGCCGUUCUUCCCGCAUUCGCAACACCUGCGUUUACGGUGGUGUCCCCAAGGGCCCUCAGAUUCGUGAUCUUUCCCGCGGUGUCGAGGUCUGUAUCGCCACUCCCGGCCGUCUGAUUGAUAUGGUCGAGGCUGGCAAGACCAACCUGCGCCGUGUCACCUAUCUUGUUCUCGAUGAGGCUGAUCGUAUGCUCGACAUGGGUUUCGAGCCCCAGAUUCGCAAAAUUCUUGAGCAGAUUCGCCCGGAUCGCCAGACUCUGAUGUGGUCUGCUACCUGGCCCAAGGAGGUCCGCGCUAUGGCUUCCGACUUCCUCCAUGACUUCAUUCAGGUCAACAUUGGUUCCAUGGACCUCGCUGCCAACCACAGAAUUACUCAGAUCGUUGAAGUCUGCUCCGACAUGGAGAAGCGCGACAAGAUGAUCAAGCACCUCGAGAAGGUCAUGGAGAACAAGGAGAACAAGAUCCUCAUCUUUGUUGGCACCAAGCGUGUAGCUGACGAUAUUACCCGAUUCCUUCGCCAGGACGGAUGGCCCGCCCUCUCCAUUCACGGCGACAAGCAACAAAACGAGCGUGAUUGGGUCCUCGACCAGUUCAAGACUAACAAGAGUCCCAUUAUGGUGGCCACUGACGUGGCCUCGCGUGGUAUUGAUGUUCGUAACAUCACUCAUGUGCUCAACUACGACUAUCCCAACAACUCGGAGGAUUACAUCCACCGUAUUGGUCGUACCGGACGUGCCGGCGCCAACGGUACUGCCAUUACGUUCUUCACCACUGACAACCAGAAGCAGGCUCGUGAGCUUGUCAACGUUCUUCAGGAGGCGAAGCAGCAGAUUGACCCUCGUCUGGCUGAGAUGGCUCGCUUCGGCGGUGGAGGUGGCGGCCGUGGCUAUGGUGGUUGGGGUCGUGGCCGUGGUGGUGGCAGAGGUGGUAACAACGCCAACAACAUGCCGCUACGCAGCCGUCGCUGGUAA